AUGCUAAUACACAUCCUCACUUUUCUCCCAACCAAAUCAGCAUUCACCACCAGCAUUCUUUCCAAGCGAUGGACCUCCCUCUGCCACUCCCUCACCACCCUCAACUUCGACGAUGAAGGUGCAGAAAACCAAGACGCCAUAUCUCGCUUCACUCGCAUGGUGGACAGAUUUCUUCCCUCCCCGCCCAUCGUCCAGCUCCACCACCAGCCCCUCCAAACAUUUUGCCUCACUUCUCGCGCUAAACCCUUCAACAAGUUCGAAGUUGACAACUGGGCUGAAGCCGCCAAACGCCGCGGCGUCAAGAAUCUCCACCUUUCCAUCUAUUGCGCGCUCUUGUCGCCUAGGUUUUUCACCUCACAAACCCUCAUAGUUUUGAAGCUCAGUGGGUGUUUUCACAUAGCGAAAUAUGGUCAUAAGUUUGAGUCGGUUGAUCUUCCCUCACUCAAAACUCUUCAUUUGCUAGAAGAUACUUGUAUAGGAGUAAGGGAUAAUUUCAUGAAAGUUCUUUCUGGGUGUCCCAACCUCGUCGAUCUGUAUGCUCCUAGCUAG